AUGGCAAGUUCAAUUUUAAAUUUAUUAGCAGGGAUGAGUGUAGGAUUUUAUUUAACCUAUAAUGUGGAUGACGAAACUCACAAAAUAUUUCAUAAGGAAAUUUAUGUUCCAGUCAAAAACGAAAUGAAGCAAGAUGAUGAGCCUAACUAUUGGACCAGAGUAUUCGAUGCUACAUCAAAGGGUACAUCAGUAUCCUUAGCAUAUUUGAAAAAGAAAUAUAUCAAGGAUACCUAGAAUAAAACAAAUUGA